CACUUUAGCUGUAAUUGUUUGUAAACAAUCCUUUUAAUCUUGACUUUAAGCUGUCAUAAUUCCUUAAAUGUUUGUAUUUUUAUGUAAAGUCUGAUUUCCUCAGUUGAAGAAUGUAAUUUUCUAACAAACUGCCAAGUAACUUUGUUAAAUUCCACAUAUUUCACUGUAUUUUCCUUGAAAUGUAAUUUUCAUGUGUUGGAAAUUUACUGUAAGCCGCCAUUUUGUACUUUGCAUUAUUGGCUAUUUAUAGCUGUUCCAUCGGUUAGUUUCUGUAAACACUAAGUAGGCAGAAGAUGUUCCGUUUUGGUACGCAAGAAAUAACAUCAUAAAAGAUUGGCAUGUCUCUGUCACAGUUUCGUAACAGAGGGCGAGCAUACAAGUGCAAGAGGUGCACUAAGGUCCAGCGAAAAGGUAGAAUGGUUGCACACAUACUCAAGCAUCAUGUACCAUUUGAUAGAGUACCGUUUGCAUGUUCUUUGUGUGGGUUCCGCUGUCUGGAUAAGCAAGCCUUGAUGGACCACAUAACCAAAUACACGAGACAUAGGGAGGAGGAAAGUCGCUAUGGUACUCCCGAUUACAAAAAGAUCUUACACAUGGCUGGUAAUCCGUACCAGAUUGGGGAUGAUGACAUGGAACAGCUGUCAAGGGAUGAGUCCCUUAGAUGGCACGCCAGGAACCAAAUCCAAGAGGGGCCAGAUGACAACGAUUGUUUUUAUGAAGAGGACGAGGAGGUAGUUUCAGGGGGCAUGGUGUUACCACAAUGGAUGGCUGGAACAACAGUUCUGGGAAAGACUGCCACUGCACCACCAUCCACUCCAGCUAUAACCAAGCCAACUGUGAGGACCCCUCUUCAGACACUGCCUAUGCUAACUCAGCACGACUUAGCUGAACUGUCGUACAGACCUACACAACAACUACCACAACAAGGACGAACUCCACAGCAAAAUCAACAAUUAAGCCAUCAACGUCAGCUCUUCACCAUCAAUAGUAACGACCUGCUUUCAUUCCAGACCACAACCACGGAUUUCCAUUCUAACCAGAAAGACACCAACAAUAACUUAAUGGACGAAAUUUUGAACACACCCGUAAUUAACCGGAGAAGUCCACUUAACACACCCUGUCUUGAUGAAAUAGUUGUGCAAGAAAACUAUGCCAACGACCCCUUAUUUCGGGAAGAUUUACAAUCUGACAGCUCUAGAAUGGAACCACCAACCAAACGACAAAAGACGACAACAGACAGGGAGCAACAGACAGAAGACCAAGAAGCAGGUACGACACCCAACAUAACGAAGGCCAUCAGUGAUGCCGCCAAACUCAUCGCUGAUGCCAUAAAUUGUAAUACAAGUGCUGUUCAGAGUAAUGAAAAAGCCCUUCAUAAAAUUGGAGAUGAACUCGUCAGGGUGGAGAGGAAGCUUUUUCAAAUUGAGCGCGUAUGCACGAUCAUGCAACAACAACAACAUCAACAACAGGAACCUCAUCAUAAUGAACAUUCAGAAAAUAAGGAAAACAAAAAAUCGAAACAAGCAUUCAAGAGUGUAGUUAAAAAAUGUGAACUGAACAAUAACAAUAAAGAUGUAUUUGAUGGACUUUUAAUAAUCAACCUGCUUAAUACUAUAAUGUGAUUUUAAAACACAAACAUGGACAUUUAUUACGAUUUAACAAAAGUGAACAAAUGAAAAUACAGUUGAAUACAUAUAAUUUGUAUUGACUUUAAGACAAUACAGUGAUGCUCCAAAAGUGAAUUAUCAGAAAUUACAAAAUAAGCUGUACAUGUUAUUAACUUGAAGAAAAUGUGUAUGAACUUUAUGAUGUACAGUGACGUUUCAAAUGUGUAUGAACUUUAUGAUGUACAGUGACGUUUCAAACGUGCAUGAACUUUAUGAUGUACAGUGACAUUUCAAAUGUGUAUGAACUUAAAUAUUUAUAGUGAUGUUUUUAAAUGCGUACAAUCAGAAACUACAAUAUAUUGAGUAUAUUAACUGGAAAAUAAUACAGUGACGUUUUCAAAUUGUGUAUAAACUUAAUGUUUUGAAAGUGAACAUUUAGACGUAAUAUUUGAGAGAAGACUGUAUAGACAUUGAUUAUUAUGGUAUAAAGUUAUGUUGCAAUUAUGGAGAAAUAGACUUACAAUUUAAAGGAAGUGUAUAUAAACUUUGUGAUAUACAGUGACGUUCUAAAAGUAUUAACUGUAAAGUUGACAUAUUCUAGUCACUUGAGAUUAUUGAAUUUAUAUUAUUUCAAGUGCAUGUAAUCAUAUUGAAUAUUUUUUACAAAAAAUAUUUUAUUGACUUUAAUGUUCUGUGUCGAACAACUUGUGAUAAUUAAUAUGUUAAUCUUAAAAUUUUAACUUGUGUUAAAUGUAUGGCAACAGGAGUUUAGCCAUAAGAACCAGGGGGUAAUGAUGUGUCCCGGGUAUCAGGCAUUAAUCAAUAAUUUAACUGUGAACUGUGUAACAAUUAUUUAUUUAGAAAACUUACCUACAUGAACUUUACUUUAUCAGUGGGUUGUGAAAUCCAGUACCAGGUGUUGACUUUAACAAGGCAUAAAAUGAAAAAUGAACUGUGCAUUGACAUUUUAAACAACACACUUUAGCUCAUUUAAACAGGUUAUACCAAUGAUAUUAGCUGCUGGUACUUUAUGUGUAAGAAAUCCUUAUCCGUGACACUUUAGCUGUAAUUGUUUGUAAACAAUCCUUUUAAUCUUGACUUUAAGCUGUCAUAAUUCCUUAAAUGUUUGUAUUUUUAUGUAAAGUCUGAUUUCCUCAGUUGAAGAAUGUAAUUCUCUAACAAACUGCCAAGUAACUUUGUUAAAUUCCACAUAUUUCACUGUAUUUUCCUUGAAAUGUAAUUUUCAUGUGUUGGAAAUUUACUGUAAGCCGCCAUUUUGUACUUUGCAUUAUUGGCUAUUUAUAGCUGUUGCAUCGGUUAGUUUCUGUAAACACUAAGUAGGCAGAAGAUGUUCCGUUUUGGUACGCAAGAAAUAACAUCACAAAAGGUAGAGAAUUUUUGGAAAUAGUCAUUAUUGUAUUUGCUUAUAGCUCUAUUAUUCUAAAAUUUUCCUCCAUUAAAGUAAAGUUAAGUCCGAUCAGUUUAUGAUCGUUUCCGAUCAUUUUUGUCUGACAGCCGUCAACCAUUUUUGGUUGUUGAUCGUUUUUCUACCAUUCCAACCACUUUUGGGCAGUGGUUGGGCGUUUUCAUAUAAAUACGGCGAAAUCAGCCGUUUGAGUCAGUCUAGUUUUGUCUUUCUUAGAAGCAGCAUCCCUUUACGCUGUCUUUGACUCUUAGAAAAUUUGAAGCAUUAGAAAUUUUGGCGGCCAUUUAACUUAUUGUAUAAAUUCGUCUGCGGUCUAGCGCCAUUAAUUUUAGUAAGCAAGAUUCUUUAUAGAAAGACGAUUUAUUUACAAGAUACUCAUUUUAUAAGAACUUACAUCAUAAUUUGUUACUAUCUCGCAUUAUAUAAUUAAUAUUUAUUGACUUUGAACAUUAUUUUUCUGCUGUUAUUGAUGAAUGAUAUAAGCGGCUACGGUUCACUGACUUGCAUAUAUUUUUUAUGGAACGCCGUUAACGUCUUAAUUUAAUACGCGAUUAUAUCAGCGAAAUUUUGAUUUAAAUGCAUCCUGUGCUAUUCUAAAGUAAAUUAUUCAUAAGUAUCAUAAGUUAACAAACUCAUAAGUUGUAUUAACAUCUAAAUAUCUGAUAUCUGUGUGUAUUUAAUUACAAAUGAACAUUGCUCAUCUUUUCACUGUGAAUAAUUGUGACAGUUGCUGCUAUAUAUAAUAACUUAUAUAUUAUAUUGUGUGUUGACAUUAAUUUAUUUAUACACAAAAUAAAUUUUGUUGAAGUGUACAUCUGAUUUGUUCUACAUUUUUAAUAUACAUAUCUGGUUCAACUGCUAUUAGAGGACUCAUCUUCAAAGUCUUUGCCUAAUUAAUUCGAACCAUUAGUGCAGUAACAUCCCUAUAAGAUUGCAAAAGAAAGCGCUACCAAAAAUAGAUCAACAAACAACUCCUGCUAAAGCCCUGUACUGCCGGCACGCGACAAUACC